UUCGUGGUACAACAAGUUCGUUGGCCGCGGGACACGUGGCUAGUCAGCCCCUCACAUCACAGCACUUCGAAAUGGAUCGAUCGCGGCCAUUUCGUCCCAUAAAUUCAGGGAACUCCAAACUCUCUGUUUAAUAUCCGAGAUGACGUUCGUGGCACUCUUCAUAACGGCAACGAAGCUCGCCGGAAUCUUGGUCACGGUUACCGUUGCCGCCAACGCCGUCUCCUUCUCUCGCUACCGGAGGAAGAAUCUCCGGCGUUUCCAAUCGCCUAUCGACGAGUCGUCUGACAUACUAGCCGACUUCGAUGUUAAUGAAAAUGGUAAGUUUUUCUUUGGACUAGCGACAGCACCAGCACACGUUGAAGACAAACUCAAUGAUGCAUGGCUUCAGUUUGCCGAAGAAAACCCUCAUGACAAAUCAGAGCCACACCUGGGCCCGCAACCUGCUGAUGCAUUAAUGGGUUCUGCUACUGGUGGUGGUGGGUCUCAGCAAGCUUCAUUACCACAAAAGGGCUUUAAUAUCAAAGUGAAGAAGAAGAAGCCUCUUAAGUUAGCUAUGGAAGCCAUGAUUAGGGGGUUUGAGAAGUACAUAGAAGAAGAGAGUGGAGAAGAGACUGCACCAAAAGAGGAAUGUCAUCAUAAUGUAGCCGCAUGGCACAAUGUUCCACACCCGGAAGAAAGGCUAAGGUUUUGGUCUGAUCCUGAUGUAGAACUGAAUCUGGCUAAGAACACUGGAAUAAGUGUCUUCCGAAUGGGAAUAGAUUGGUCAAGAAUCAUGCCCAAAGAGCCAGUCAACAGGCUUAAUGAAAAUGUCAAUUAUGCGGCAUUGGAGCGUUACAAGUGGAUAAUAAACAGGGUACAUUCAUAUGGAAUGAAGGUGAUGCUGACUCUGUUCCAUCACUCAUUGCCACCUUGGGCUGGUGAGUAUGGAGGUUGGAAGCUGGAAAAAACUGUUGAUUAUUUCAUCGAUUUUACCAGGCUUGUUGUAGAGUGGGUAUCGGACGCUGUAGACUAUUGGGUGACAUUUAACGAGCCUCAUGUCUUCUGUAUGCUGACUUAUUGUGCCGGUGCUUGGCCUGGUGGUCAUCCUGAUAUGCUGGAGGUUGCCACUUCUGCCCUACCAACUGGUGUUUUCCAACAGGCCAUGCAUUGGAUGGCCAGUGCACACUCAAAAGCCUAUGACUAUAUCCAUGAGCACAGUGCCUUACCAAAUCCAGUAGUCGGAGUAGCGCACCACGUCUCGUUUAUGCGGCCAUAUGGUCUCUUUGAUAUUGCUGCUGUUUCAUUGGCAAAUUCCUUGACACUAUUCCCAUUUGUGGAUAGUAUCUCUGAUAAGCUGGAUUUUAUAGGCAUAAACUACUAUGGGCAGGAGGUGGUCUCUGGUUCUGGACUGAAGCUUGUAGAGACUGAUGAGUACAGUGAAUCUGGACGUGGGGUAUAUCCUGAUGGCCUGUACCGCAUGCUGCUUCAGUUCCAUGAAAGAUACAAACAUCUGAAUGUCCCCUUCAUCCUUAGUGAAAACGGUGUUUCUGAUGAGACAGACUUGAUCCGUCAGCCAUAUCUGUUAGAACAUUUGCUCGCUGUUUAUGCUGCCAUGAUCAUGGGUGUCCCUGUGAUUGGCUACCUGUUUUGGACUAUUUCUGAUAAUUGGGAGUGGGCUGAUGGAUAUGGUCCCAAAUUUGGACUUGUAGCAGUUAAUCGGGCUGAUGGUCUUUCCCGGAUUCCACGCCCUUCUUACCAUCUAUUUUCUAAGGUGGUGAAAUCAGGUAGAAUUACAGGUGAAGACAGAAGACGUGCAUGGAUUGAGCUACGAAGAGCUGCUAAAGAGAACAAAACACGUCCAUUUUAUCGGGCCACUAAUAAACAGGGUUUGAUGUAUGCAGGAGGCCUUGAUGAACCCAUACAGCGGCCUUACGUGGUACGAGAUUGGCGGUUUGGACACUAUGAGAUGGAAGGUCUGCAGGACCCAUUGAGUCGCUUAUUGAGAUAUCUUCUCCGACCUUUCUCCAUCAAAAAGAAAAGGAAGCCUCAAAGUGAUGAUGCUGAGUUGGUUCUUCUGCCUCUUUAGCAUCGGAUGGCUUGCUCAUACACACCAAAGGCAAAGAUUGGAGUUCCUGAUUGUAAGCCCCACAGUAAUUAAAACUUUCUAAAAGUUUUGAUGUGGAUAGCGGGUUAGGAGACUUCUUCUCUUCAUUAUCAACUUCUUCUUCUUCCUCUACAAAACGACCAUGUAGUGGAAAGCAAAAGAGUGAUCUGAGUCCAACAAAUUUCAUAGUGUAAUUUCUUCCUCAAGCCACGCGAACGUAAGUCAUUCUGCAGAACCCUUGAUUUAUUUUCUACAUUUUAAUCAUUUCAACAAACCUUGAAUGCACACCACUCUCAUCGGCACCACCAUACACAGCUCAAUACGACCAAUUUUUGAUCACCGCAUGGAAGAAAAGGCAUCAACAACACUGUCCAACACUAGCAUUCGUGGCAUUUUUUGUUGCUCAGUUGUGAUCUGUAUCGAACACAUUGUAGAAAUUUUUCUUAUUACCAGUUGGUUCACUUUUAAAGAAAAGAAAAGACAUCCGUAUUGGUAGUGUCACCCAUAUGGCAGUUUGUAUAUAAGAUACUUUGUGCGUUUUCAUAUAUAUAUAAGCUCGAGCAGCUGCCUAUGAAAUAUUUA